GUUCAAUACAGGCUUAAAUUAGCCUCGAAACAAAUGGCUGGCACUCCAGAUUGCAAUGGAGCAAAACAUGGAGUGGCCCAAACAAAUCGCUUUGUGUUGCGCUGGUUUAGUUUGGGGGAAGGGCCGCAAGAAACGAAACUCAAAAGCACAACUGUGGCGGCGUCCGCGAAGCGCUCAAAGAUGUUGCGAUCACAAAAGAGGGCUUUGAAGACAAAAACAAAACUUCAGGAAAGCAAGGGAAGGGGCGUUAACGACGGAUUAAAAGCGGCAGCAGAAUCAGAGAUGGAACACGCGGCAGUGACCGUGAAUUUAAUCAGUAAACGCGCAAACAGUGAUGAAGAAAUGGAGUUAAUUGGAGAGGACGUCGAGGGCGAGGAGAGAGAAGCGGCAGGAGGCGAGGGAGGCGAAAACGAUGGUCACGAAAAUAGCGAUGUUGAAACGCUGGAUUUCUUGACAGAAUUGUCCAGUGAAAUGUCCGAAGAACCAAUUUUGUUGCCCAAUAUUUUAAUCCCCUGUACAAAGUGCGGUGACGUGAUAAACAUCUGUCGACUGCCAGGGCAUAGGAAUGUACACACCGCGUUACAAACUCUCAAGUACUCACAGAAUCAGAGGCCGAAGAACCUGAACGCGUUAGUCAGAAGGAGAAAACUUCUGAUAAAACAGCAACAAGAUGCAAGUUCGCGGAACGUGCGGGAUCCAUUUGGAGACAAGCAUUUGCAUAAAUUAAACACUGCCUUUGAGAUUUUGAAGCUAGAGCUUGAAGGCAACGUGGAUGCGAGAUGUCUGGGUGAUCAAAAUAUUGCAGGUUUGUGUCUUGUGUUUACUAAUAAUAUAUUUUUAACCUUAAAUGGAUCUUUGGAGACCAAGUGGGAUGAUCUAAGACAGCUUUUUAAAUGCUUAGCUUGAAAGCUUAACUCGUUGAUCCAGAAAAACACUUAAGGUUGUAGGCUGUAAGAAGAUUCUCGCAGGAGUCAAUUUCACACCGACAAAGGAAAAACACAAAGAAAAAGAAUUAAUUAACUUAAUAUCCCGGGACAACCAUUGAAAGUACUCUGUGUAAUUGGUUACUUGGGAGACAGUUUUUAGACUUCAAAGCGCUCGGUUUGCCUUGACGAUUUGAGUUAUGAAGUUGCGUGAUGCAUAAUGUCAUAAUGGUAUUUGCGUAACCCUUAUUUUAAAAACAAAACAUCUUCUAGGUGCCCUUUACACCCCAAGAGGUGUUAACUCGGAUUAAAACGCAUGUACAACGCCACGUCAAGUUUAGUACAACAUUUAAAUGUCAUUUGCGAAGUCAGUCAAGCGAACCGUCCGCACAGGCUGUCAGAGGCAACCUCGUGCUUUAGUGGCUCGGCUCUUUACUCGACUCGAUCUUACUCCAGCGGUGAAAACUGUUUUUUUUUGUGGCCUUUAUUUGCCUGCUCCCCGAAAUUCGGUUCAAAAACACGUGCUUCACACAAUUUCAGGUUCAGUUGGGUACCUUAUUAAUGUGUACUUAAUUUCGCUCCUGAUUUCGCUGGUCUUUAAUUUCGCGUUUAUCGGGAUUUGAAAAAAAUUGCAAAAUAACCCGCGAAAAAAAUUCCUCGCGAAAUUUAAUGCCCCCUUUUUCAUAUUUUCCUAUUUAAAUCGAGAAAGUAAAAUCCCGCGAAAUACUAGCUGUCUCGCCAAAACGCGAAAUUAAGUACUCGCGAAAUAAAGUACCAGCCCCCGAAAUGAUCCCCAAUAAGGGAGUACCCUCUUUUUUUGUUAGAACGUCUAAUUUACGGACAGAAGUUGAUCGCUCUUAGUUGUGUUUAUAGACUAAAAGCGAUUCUUUCAAAGAGAAAAAAGCAUGAUCAGUAUUUAAUAAUACAAUAACAACAGCAGAAAUUUGUUGAACUUUAAAUUGUUGGCUCUUUUUUUUCAAGUCGCAAUCCAUCUAUAUCCUCUUUGAAACCCAAAGAAACGCACCUUUAGUUUUGUAGACUUGCCACAAGUCGUCCUAACGAGUUCAUUGCAGAAAAAAAAAGUGAAAAUUUUAGACCUCCAAACAGUCGGGCGAGCGACAAAGGCCUUUUUUCAAAAAUCAAAUAGUUUUGGUAAGGAGUAUAUAGUAACAUCGUUAUAUUUUGAUAGUAAUUUAUAACAAGACUGAUUUUUUUUUUUCGCUUCUCUUUGAUUCCAGAGAUAAAAGUUUCAGGUGAAGGUUUUGAUCUUUCUUGCACAACAGCAGCUGGGGUUUGCGAAGAGGCAAACAAGAGAUGGAAAAACAUGGAGGAUGUGCACAUCUAUAAGGACAACUUCCUGGACCACACAGACAGCGCAUUUUUCGCGGUUUACGAUGGUUACAGCGGAAAACACACGGCGGAAAAGUGUAGCCAGCAUCUUCAUGUUUAUUUGAAAGAAGAGCUUGACUCUGUUAUAACUCAUGAACAAGCUACGCCAACGCGAAAACAAGUUGCUGCGGCCUUCAAAAGUUCCUUUUCGAACACUGAAAGACUUCUGUUACUGUCCGAGGAGGAGCGGUCACAAAGCAGAUGGAGUGGUUGCUCAGCAGUAGCGUGCGUUUUGACUCGUGAUAUGUGCUUUAUAGCGAACGCGGGAAAUGUGGGUGCCAUUUUGUUACGGGAUGGUGACAUUGUUAAAGUUCUCACACACAAGCAUGACUUGUAUAAUAAGAAAGAACGCGAUCGAGUGAAGAAGUCAAGCGGGGUCAUCGUUAAGACCGAAAAGUGCGCCCUUAUAAAUGGUGCGUUAGGUGUGACAAGGGGCAUCGGGAGCAUUGGAGAUACGGACUUAAAGAGAUGUGUUAUCAAUGAGCCUGGUGUGAAAAGCGUUCCUUUGGACCCCACUGAUCAACUGCUCGUCAUGGCUUCCGGGGGAUUUUGGAAGUUGUUUUCGUACGAAGAAACCGUUCAUUUGGUCAAUGGAUUUUUCGGACAGAUGAAAAAGGAAGCAAAGAACGAGAUCAUUGGAGGCAGGCAACGAAAACAAAGAACAUCCAAAACGGGCUCUGGAGACCUAACGAAGGAUGCAAAGAGCCCUCAGAUCUUUUUAAAGGUCGUGGAUCCUGACAGCAAUUCAGACAAUAACGCGUUUUUCGAUCACGGUGUAAAGACAGGAUAUUUCACGACAAGCGAAAGACAAAUAAGUCGAAGCAGAAGUGAAGUGAAUUUGGGGAAGCUACAAAUGCACCACCGAGAAAUAAAUUUUGCUGAAGAAUACCAACUUUCAGCGAAAACACAAGAAACAAGCAACACUAUUGAAACGAAAGAAAUCAGCGACAAAAACACAGACAUGAACGAUGAUAUUUCUUCGAACGACGUCACACUAGAUGACAUCACACUGAAAUAUCUACGUCAUCACCGGUUUUCUCUCCCUGAUAAUAAAACGUUUCAAGUGCUGAAAGAUUUUGGAGGAAAAGAGCUAACUAAGGAAGAAAAAGCGCGAUUGCUGGCUAAAUGCCUCGCGGAGAGGCUUGUUAAAUGCGCGCUAUAUGCUGCGUCUAUGGACAACGUGACUGUCUUUGUUGUUUUAUUGCCCGGAUUCUCUAUGGUUAACUGGCCGAUGGUUACACCGGAGGUUCUAGAGGCUUUAGAUGUGUUUGUAAACGAGGAUGAUCUGCACUAG